CGCACACUAACUCCAUUUAAAGUUCAGCUUUGAGUUUCGGAUUCCUCACCAUGAAAAUAAAUAUAUGGCCCCAUCAGCUCCACUUUCCUCCUAAGCUUUUUACACUGUCAAAGCUUAAGCUUUUCUGGGGUCAAUAAUGGGGAACUGCUCUCCUAAAGGGAUCACCCAACCUAAAAACACACCCAACAACACCAUUCGGGUGCUCACCGACUCCGGGUCCGUCCUCUACUUUCAGGGUCCUAAAGUAGUUCAAGAUGUGGUCGAGAACUUCCCGGGCUAUGGCAUUUUCGAGCAAGGUCGGGGAGGUUCGUCGCGUCCCCUAUCCCUCAAUGAGAAUCUAGUCACUACCCAGUCCUACCAACUCCUCCCGCUUGGAGGAAGCCGAAGAGGUGUAUCAGGAGAGCCCCGGAUGGGGGGUGUUGCUGGACCUUCCAUGGAGCAUGAUCGGGCUUCACUGCCGGGCCUUGUGGAGAGUCUGGCCAACAGCCCGGGCCUCGAGGUGCUGCCGAUGCCGAGGAGAGGAGAUGGGGUGUGGAAGGUGAAGCUGGUGAUCGACACGAAGCAGUUGGAGGAGAUAUUGUCUGAGGAGGUGAAUGUGGAGGCACUGAUAGAGAGGAUGAGAGCAGCUGCGGGUUCAAGCUCUGGCAGUAACACCAAUGGAACUACUCGAUCACCAAAGAGGGGGAAGGUAAAAGGGGGACCUGGGCUAAAGCCGUCUCUCUCGAGCAUAUUCCGUGCGGCAUCCUGCUGAUCGCGGCUAGAUGUCUCUGGGGCAGCAAAGAUUCUGAAUUGCUGCAUUGAGAAGAUGGACUGGACACGAGUUCUCAGAGAACUAGCCGUAUGUUGCCUGUGUAUAUACUAAUGAAAAGUGAUCAAUGUCGUGGCUCCUACAUGGAUCAUUGAGGUCCACUGUAUCAUGGAGUUGCGUAGAAUUUAUAUUCGAGUCUCGAAUCCCAUCUGGUUUUCCUCUUUAACCUGUUAUGGAUCCGAUCCCCUUGCAAGUUCAUCAAAUGUUGCUCAUAUAGUAGAAUUUAUAUUCGAAUCUCCAAUCCCAUCUGGUUUUCCUUUUUAA